UAAAUAUGUUCAGAAUAUUUACCUGUGGCUACAGAAUGCUGAUUCCAGACCAUCAUUGCCAAGAUGUGACAAUCAUUUGACACUGCACUGUGCGUGUCUGCGAGGAGGCUUGUUGGCGUCACACGUAAGUUGCAUGGUCACUCAGCCUUUCCUGCCCGGACCCGACAAACUACUCGUUUCAAAUCCCUCCCAAAUGGACCAUGCCGUCCCGCUCCUCUUUCUCAAUAUAGCAUUCUCGUUUCCCGUUUGUGAAGCCAACCAAUUGCCCCGGCGGAAGUGGAAGCGCAUCGCACUGCAUCCUCAUGGCGGGGGUCCUCGGCCACACGGGCGACGUUUGCUGGGCGGCGUCGGCAACACGCAUGGAUUCAAUAUGUGUAGUGCUCUUUGUCAGAAAAUCCUUGCGGGGGCUCGACCUUCUUGAGACUAGAAUGAUACCCGGAUAAUUAUAGCCAUCUCUUCA